GUGAGAGUGUUGUGAAGGUGAUAGAUUGAGACUUUGUGGCAAUUUUAUCAAUAUUUCGUUCUUGCCCAUAUAAUAGAGCCAAGAACAGGCGCUUUGGGGUGUUUCACUGGGUCCUGCUGCUCUUCACGCCAAAAAUGUCUGACAAACCUAAAGUGUACCAGGGUGUGCGGGUGAAAACCACAGUCAAGGAGUUGCUGCAGAAGCGCAGGGCACUUCAGGCAGCAGAAUCGAGAAAAACACAAGCUGUCACGACUCACGACGUCUGUUCUACACCAGUGACUGCGGGUCAUCUCGAUAUUCUCUGUGGGAACUCAGCACAGGAUGCUUAUUUCCAGCAUCGACAGUUUGCAGAAAAUGUGCAUAUGGCCAUGGAGGACAUGUUUGAUGAUCAGCUGCUGAUGAACAUGAUUCCUGCAGAGAACUUCAGCUCCAGCGCUGCGGGGUGUGCGACUGGUCCUGCGCAAUGGCCACACGGAUACUUCCCUUCAUGCACGGAAUAUUACACUAACAGCUUAGAAUCCAGUUCACCAACACACUCAUUCAGCCUUCCCAGUCCGGUCGAUUAUAACAGCUACACUCCACCUGAGUCUCACUCAUCGUCCUCCUCAUGCUACAACUCCCCGACACGCAUGGACAUGAGCUCCAGCUUUACUUCUGAAAACUACCACUAUCAGCAUUGUACCGUGCAGCACUGCUUUUGCCUGUCACACUGGCCCAGUCUGCAGGAUGGCACCGUGGCCCCAGACUACACGCCUCCUCACUACACCGCCUCAGACUGUUUUUACCAAUCUCUGGGAGAAGAAGCAUACUGUAGAAGAGAUUCUUCAAGCUCAGAGCUGUGUUACUUAUAAGAGCACUUUGUUUAAGCAUUGUUUGUACAGCACCAGAAAGCAUUUCAAUAUUUUAUUUUUUGUUUUUAUGAAAAAUCUUUAAAAAACCGUCUAAAAAACAUAAAAUUGGUCAUGCUUGGUAUUGCCGUAACGUAGAGGUUCAAAGGCUAUUUUCAAAUCAGUUUCAUGGAGCCUUUGUUGAAAGGCUGGUCAGUAUCAAGGACGAACAAAUUGUUCAUUUAUUAUUAUUAUUUUUAUUAUUUUCCAUUUUAUUUUACAAUAAAAUACUAUUUUUCGUAA